AUGGUGAUUGUGGAUUGCUACUGCGGAAACAAUGCUAGCGAUGAUGAACAGAAGGCUGCUUCGGGGCUGAUGACGAUGGUGAUUUUGCCUGACAAAGUUGGGAUUUUGGUGGUGAUGUCAAUCGACAACAACGACGAUCGAGGUGGGGGAUUGCUUCCACGAAAGUGUUGCAUGGGUUUACAAUGGAAGGACAAAAGGAGUGAAGGGAACCGGCUGUGCUGCUUUGUGUUUUGUGGCUCAAGAUAG